UGUGCGGGGCAAGCGGGUGACAGGUGCUGCGGGCUGUAGGAGCGGGUGGAGGGCGGCGGCUGCCACGCGAGGCCCGAGGGGAGGAGGCUGGCGACGGCGAUGCUGGAGACCCUGCGCGAGCGGCUGCUGAGCGUGCAGCAGGAUUUCACCUCCGGGUUGAAGACUUUAAGUGACAAGUCCAGAGAAACAAAAGUAAAAAGCAAACCCAGGACUGUUUCAUCUUUGCCAAAGUAUUCUGCUGGACUAGAAUUACUUAGUAGGUAUGAGGAUACGUGGGCUGCACUUCACAGAAGAGCCAAGGAAUGUGCAAGUGCUGGAGAGCUGGUGGAUAGCGAGGUGGUCAUGCUCUCAGCAUACUGGGAGAAGAAGAGGACGAGCCUCUUAGAGUUACAGGAGCAGCUCCAGCAGCUCCCAGCUUUGAUAGCAGAUUUGGAAUCCAUGACAGCAAAUCUGAGUCAUUUAGAGGCUAGUUUUGAGGAAGUAGAAAACCACCUGCUGCAUCUGGAAGAUUUAUGUGGGCAGUGUGAAUUAGAAAGAUGCAAACAUAUGCAGUCCCAGCAACUGGAGAAUUACAAGAAAAAUAAAAGCAGGAUUUUCUUGGAGGGCAGAAUCUUGAGACCUGGAAAACCAGCCAUGCACUCACGAAGCACAAAGAUGGUACCAAUCACAAAGGAAAUAGAAAUUGCUCUGAGGAAGGAACUUGAAACCUUCAAAGCUGAACUCGACGCAGAGCAUACCCAGAAGGUCCUGGAGAUGGAGCACACACAGCAGAUGAAGCUGAAGGAGCGGCAGAAGUUCUUUGAGGAGGCCUUCCAGCAGGACAUGGAGCAGUACCUGUCCACAGGGUACCUGCAGAUUGCUGAGAGGCGAGAACCCAUAGGCAGCAUGUCGUCCAUGGAAGUGAACGUGGACAUGCUGGAGCAGAUGGAUCUGAUGGACAUAUCUGACCAGGAGGCCUUGGAUGUGUUCUUGAACUCAGGCGGAGAAGACAACGCUGUGCUGUCCCCCGUCUUAGGGCCUGAAUCCAGUACCUGUCAGAAUGAAAUUACACUUCAGGUUCCAAAUCCCUCAGAACUCCGAGCCACGCCACCUUCCUCCCCUUCUACUUGCACCGACCCAGCCACGCAGGAGCCCAGUGCAGGUGGGGAGUCCCCCCUUGUUCAGUCUGAUGAGGAGGAAGUCCAGGUGGACACUGACCUAGCCACGUUACACACUAACAGAAAGGCCUCUCCAGGUGUGAGUGACGACAGCGACUCUUAAAUAGGACGUUCCUAUUCUCUGACUACAUCCAAGUCAGCUUUAGCUGUGCACAGAAUCCCGCCUAUAAUGUCAGGUUGUUUGAUGGAGGUUCUUGAUUUUUUUAUACAAUUGCCAAUAAUGUAUGAGAAACUGAUUGAAGAAGAGCUAACAAUAAAGUUUGAGGGCUUCAAACA